AUGUCAUAUCUCCUUGGUGAAACUGAAGCAGACGUGUUGAAAGUGUACGUCAAAGUGCUGGAAAGAACGAAAAAACCGGCUGAGAAACUUGGAAUCGCGGUUUUCGUCAUGCCACUUGCCAGAAAACUAUAUAAAUGGAAAUUGAUCCAAACACCGGUAUGGAAACGAGAAGAAGCUCGAAGAUUUGGAUAUCCAUUCGAUGAAACUCAAUUUUCGCCAGAGAUCAGGCAGGCGUUCGUGGAGGUAGAUGAAAUGGAGAGACAACGACUUGUUGCAGCACAUAUAGAACGGAGACGAGCGUGGGCUGAAAAACGAUCAGCCGAGGAAAGUGCCAAUCAAAUCAAUGGUGCUCAGAAUGCGGAAAAUUCUAGAGAAGCGUCUUGUCAGGAAAGCGGAGACAUGCAAGCUACUGAAGACAAUGAAGCCGCCACCGACUCAAACGGAGCUGAAGACAGCGUCGACCGACUUGAUGCUGAAACUGAAACCGUCGCCGCUUUGUGCAUGAUGGAAGACUCAGGGAAUUCACGGACCGCCGUCCCAAAGGCCCCAAAAAGAAGUUCUAAAGCUAGCGAUAGACAGGAAUCUCUAAAGAAGCGUUCGAAGAUUGAGGCUCCAACCGGAUCAGAGGAAGAGGACGACGGAAAUUUGGAGUCAAGCUCGGUUUUCACUGGUCCAAUGAAUCCUGCUAUCCCAUCUUCUUCAUAA